UCAUAAUGCGUUGCUAGAAAAAAGGAAAAAAAUACAAAACUACGCACAGCCACUUGAAAGCGGCAGCAUUUUCCCCAAACGACGAGCUAUUGUGCCCUUCCAAGAUGAUUGAUUUUGUCGGAAUAGUGUUUGCGCUAUUGGUCGCCAUCGGUGGUAUCGUGGGCUACAAGCGUGCCGGCUCUACCGCUUCCCUCUAUGCCGGGCUCGUGUUCGGAGUGGCCAUCGGAGCGGGCGCAUGGUGCAAUUCGUUACAGCAACCGUUCCCGUACGUACAGUUCGUAGUCCUGUUUCUGCUCAUCGUCGUCAUGAUGAUACGGUUCUACAAAACGAGAGCAUUUAUGCCACCGGGGCUGAUACUGUUGCUGUCGCUGUGCGUCCUGGUCUGGACGAUCUUCAUGUACGGAGACAGCUUCAUGUCUGGGUCGAACGAGAAGCCAAUACCGGUAAAUGGGACGAUCAGCGUUGCAACCGAUGGCCGUAAGCUGGAGUGACCGAGAGGGCGCUGUGAAGCAUCAUUCCAGCUGGCAUCUGUAGGGAAGGAUUGUUGGAAUCAAAAUGAGACCCCAGUGCAUUUGCUGUAGAGUAGUAUCUUCCAAAAUCAUUCAUUUUCCUACAAAGCAUACUAUUCUGAUUUGGGCCUCAACGAAAGUCAUGAUAAUGCGCCAUGGAGCCGUUUAUUGUUAUGCACAUAUUACGCCAUUAAGGCGAAACACGUUCUAGACUGUAAUUAAUGGGAGCCAAAUUCUUGAAAGCGGUACAAUCGGAAUCUCAGGGAACUGAUUUUUGUAUUCGUGUACGAACAAUUGUAUAUUAUAUUGCGAACAAAAGUUAAAAGUGUUAGUAGACAGACGGUUAUUAGCGUCACGAGCCUAAUUUUGCAGUUGACUGCUGAGCAAAGCGCAAUGAUUUUGGUGCAGUAAAGGCACCGUUUUGAUUGAAAUAUUCUGUAAUCGUACAAAUAAACUGAAAUAAAUGUUUAAUAUCAA